UUUCCGAGGAUUGGUCGGAUACAUCUUGUUCUGUACACUUUGGUCAAUUUUCAGUACUAUACGUUUGCAGCAGAGGAGAAUUUGCAAUCUUGGAAAUAUUUACCUUGUGGGCACUGAAGGGCUCAAUGUUGCUUGAUGUUUUGACUUGAUAUUCCGUCGCUUAGGUGACGUUGCUGUGCCACCCACUAAGCAACCACGACAUUAAAACACAAUUUCUCUGAAAGGAUCUUCUAAUUCUUGUAAAUGAGCUCGCUGCAACUGAUCUAGACUGUGUUGGUUAUUUCACUGGAGAAUGAAAAUGAAGAUAUUUGAUAACAAGAAGUGGUUUACUGUAAGAAGGGGUUGAUUGUGUUUUACCGUAGAGGAGGGUUCCUUUACUCAGUCCAUUGAAACAACUGACUCAAGAACAACUGCAGUACAUCGAGAGCACUGAGUGUUGUGAUUAUUGCCACUAGAGAACAACUUACGCACCUUGGAUAGAACUCACAAAACUGUUCUACUUCUGUACAGAGCUUUUUGAACAGAUCUUGAUUCUUUAUUAAAGAUCACAAAAUUGGUAAUUCUCAGACUGAUCAGAUUUGCGGUGUGGUUUAGGGUUGGCAACAGACAGCGAGUAAACAGAAAAUCACAGUAUUUUGCUCAUUGAGGACCAUUUCAUUCUAGCCAAAGAUCAGUAUCACCAUCACUACGGAAGUUCUUUUUUCCGUGAAGAAAUUAUAACCCAAGUAUAUGGUACUUUGUGUGGCAAUUGAAAGGACAUGGCUGAGUUGGAUGGGAACGACAAGGACAGGAUAUUAGAGGGUGAUGGAACUGUUCCAAAGGUUCGGGAGAAGAAGAAAAAGAAAAAGGCAAAAAAUUCAAACUCUAAUGAUCAUUUGCCAUUUUCAGAGAGGCAAAAUAGUGGAAUUUUGCGACAGGUUUCAAGUAAUAGUAACGGAGAACAACCGAAGCGCGUUCAAUUGGCGCUUGAACCAGUGGCAAGUCGAGAACAAUUGAUUCAAAUCCACGAAGAACUAAAUAGCCCCCAUCCCAUAUCACGAGCAGAAAUCAACCGGGAUGAAAAAGAUUUGAGGAAACUUGCUUUGCAUCUAGCGAUGAGUAAAUCAGAGGAGGGGAAAAACAGCAAAUAUCUACAUCACGAUUAUGUCUUAGUUCAUAGAACAGGUGAUAAUCGAAAUCUGCACGAGAAACUGAGGAAGAAAUUCGAGGCUGAACUUCAUCUACAGGGGUUCAGGGUGGAACGAAAAUACACUUCAAACAAGACAUUUGUGAUAUUGCAUUGUUCAUUUGAGAGACUAUGUGAAGAAGCGGAACAUGUCUCUUUGGAAAUGCCUCUUGCUGGGUAUGUUGUUCCAGAGACAUCAAGAAACAGUUUAUGGAAACAAUUUUGGGAUAAUUUUAAAACUGAUGAUGAAGUUGAUUUUGUCAGUGCACCAUUCUGUGUUUCAAAAUCUCAAAUUUAUGAGGGAGUAGAAAAUCCAGACACAUUCUUCAGACCAGCUCUUAGAUCACUUUUGGUUCACCAUAUUUUAACAGAUUUAGAUGUCAGAGACAAAGAAAGCAAACAGCUUGGUCAGAAUGCACAAGGUCUUGGGUACAUGCUCAUGGAAGAAGCAUACACUGAUGCAUUCAUUCUACAUGAAAAGUCUGAAUAUGAUUCUGAGUUUCCACUGGCCGAUGCUGGUGAUGAUCAUAGUUUUCCACAUGGUCAGGAUAUUGCUGAUCCUCGCAAAGCCCUGCAUGACACAUGGCUCAAGCAUUUCAGAUAUCAGCCUCUCUGGAAAAUAAGGAAUUAUUUUGGUGAAAAAAUCGCCCUCUAUUUUGGCUGGCUUGGUUUGCUUACCAUGUCACUUGUCAUACCCAUGCUACUGGGGUUGGCCAUUUUUCUUUGGGGACUUAGUGUUGCAGUAAGAGAUAAUCCUUUAGGUGAGAAGGAUGAGAAUACAACAUCUACCUCCACCUUAACAGCUUGGGCAAAGAAUGCAUUUGACAAUGAUGCUACACCCUUCUUUGCGUUAAUAAUAUGCUUGUGGGGUACAUUCUUUUUGGAGCGAUGGAAACGAACAAAUGCUAGACUAUCAUACCAAUGGGAUGUUGAUACGUUCGAAGAACAGGAGCCAAAUCGCCCACAGUAUUAUGGAACUGUCAUCAAGAAGGACCCAGUAACAGGAGAAGAUAUCUCAGUUUAUCCAGCUUUAAGAAGAUUUUUCAAGAUGAUGGGCUCAUUUGGGGUCAUGCUCUUUAUGAUUUGUUUGGUGUUGGCAAGUGUCGUCGCUGUGAUUAUUUAUCGGGUCAUUGCCAGAGUAGAUUUGUUCCAAAGCAGAGGAGAAGCAGGCCAGCUGAUAGCAAGCGUUACCUCAACAUUCCUCAAUACUGUUUCUAUCAUGAUCAUGGGCAAGAUUUAUCAGAAGUUAGCAGUCUACCUUACGGACUGGGAAAAUCACCGGACUCAGACUUCAUAUGAAGAUGCGCUUAUCUUAAAGUUGUUUGGAUUUCAGUUCGUGAAUUCAUACACAUCGUUGUUCUACAUAGCUUUCUUUCGUCAGGGUACCAAGGAAAGUGGCGUGAUUGGUAAAGGGGAAAACUACAGUGACGAGUGCGGAGAAAACAACGACUGUAUGAGUCUUUUAUCGCUACAAGUCGCCAUGUUAAUGAUCAUGAAACCUCUUCCCAAACUCUUCAGUGAUGUCAUUAAACCUUGGUUGGUGAGCCUUUGGAAGAGAAAAUGCUGUAGCAACAGAGUUUCAGUAAGCGGUGAAAUCACAGUCAGUGUAGAAGAUUACUUGGAGAGGGAGAGAAAUAAAGCUGAACUUGGAGAUUUUACACUGUCUGAAUACAACGAGAAAGUGCUACAGUACGGAUUCCUCAUGCUUUUUGCAGCAGCGUUUCCGCUGGCCCCACUGAUUGCACUGUUGACCAAUGCCAUCGACAUGAAAGUGGACGCCAGGAGGUUGCUAUGGACGAACAGGCGGCCAGUAGCUUUCAGGGCAGAAGACAUAGGCACGUGGUACAGCAUUCUAGAAUUUCUGAACGUGGCUGGCGUGGUUACCAACUCGUUCUUGGUGGCAUUUACGUCAUCGUACGGUCGAUCAUGGGAAGGCGAGCCGUCCAAGACCAACGCAACUGAAACCAUAUUCAACAGCACAACAAACACAACCGAACAGGUUAUCAUCGUCACUGAACAUGUUACAGGACUAAGCAGGCUUUGGCUUAUAAUUGGAUUUGAGCAUAUAGUGUUUACAAUUAAGUUCCUGAUUGCCUACAUUAUACCCGACGUACCUGCCGAUGUUAAGAUGGCUCUGUCAAAGGAAAAGUAUCACGUGACCAACAUUCUUGCUAAGGCAGGUAUGCGCAAAGGGCCUGGUAACAAGCUGGCAGAAUCUUUUUCGUCAUACAGAAGCCGCGGGGCUGAAAGUGAACAUACUUCAUCACCUAACUCCACUGAAGUUCACAUGACCGCCAGUGGAAAAAGACUUGAAAAGAAUACCGCUGACAACGGAAAAGUGGAAGUGGUUGUGGAAAGGUCACCGGUGGAGGGUGGUAUGGAGAGAAAUUUCUCCUCCCCAAGAUCCAACCGUCUGAAACCAUUACCUACAAACUAUACGUCUAAACAUGCAAUUAGAACGUGAUUUAUGGCAGGGGUGGGGAGAAAUAAGAAACAAGUUUAAACUCCACGUUAGGUCGUGAAUCUAAAUGGAGAGGUAAGAAGAAACACAACCAAACACGCCUUUUGAAAACAAAUACAUGAGGAGAGAGAAGUAAAGAGCCAAGUGUUCGAUACUGUACAAGACAUUGGGUGCUCCGAGAAGUAAAUAUAUUGUAUAAAAUGAUGAACAAUUGCUUUAGUUAUAUUUAUACAAAAGUUUCAAAAGGUCUAGGGAGGUUACCUUCCGCGCAGGAAUGUUACUGAACCUUAUCGUAAGCUUAUUUUCGUCCAGUUCAGUUUUUAAGUGGGACGGAAGCCUAUUUAUUUUGUUUUAGAGUAUUACAGGAAAAUUUUACCGUCUCAAUGAUUAGAAAAUAGGUUAGCUUUUAAAGUUUCAUACGUACGUUCAUAGAACAACCACACAAUUAUCGUUGUGCGUAACUAAGAUAUUUAUAUUCACUCUCUCGUGGUAAAAUUAGGCUGGCAGUAAGGAAGUAAGUAACUUUAUUUGUGUCAAACUUGAAGUAGAAGAGGCGAAGAAAAGAAUCCCUUAACUAUCAAGGGACAAAAAGCACAAGGUAUAUCAUUCCUUUUACUACAGCAUCAGUGGGGUUUAACUUCCUCUAACAAGGUUGAUUAACAUGGUAUGUUGCUGAAUUAGAAUCUACAUUCCUCA